AUGGUUCAGGACUGGACGCGGGAUUCACUUCCCCGUCACCAGACGUUUCAACCUCAGUAUUAUUCUGCUGAUGCUACGCGGCAUCAAUCUUUCUCAUCAGAGAGAUAUACCUCUGAUGUUGUUCAGCGACACCAUCCCUUUCCACAGGAGCGCGUUGGCGUAGAAGCCGACAAUGCUCGUUUCCAAGAUGGCAACGACUCGCGUCGCCAUUUGAUGUCAAUCGACGAUGCGCUCAGAACGCACUGCGGCAUUGUCGCCAAGCAUUAUUUUGUCACUGCCAUUACCGAGGAUGGCGCCACCAUGACCUUUGUCAACCCUACUACUGGGCGCGGCAUGAGUGACAACACGAUUCGCCAAUUCUUUGAUGCCACCAAAUACCGGCAGGUCAUGGCCCGCAUUGAUUCAGGUGCUGAUCCUAUGCUGGACGAUUAUAAUCUUGAAGACGGCUUCUACGGUCGUUCCGCUGGGCUCGGUCGUAGUCGAAUGGACCGUCGCCGCAACUCUGCAUUCGGAGAAUGGAGUGGCAGUCCUGUUCGUCAAGGCCGCAAGCGCGUCAGAGGAGCACGGGCUAUCAAUGAUGAAGACGAUCUUCCCAUGACUGUUUCAUCUCGCAGGUGCAUCAAGAUUGGCGACUCGGCUGCUGUAUGGAGCUUUUACGAGCAGCGCUUCAAGAACUGCCAGCAGACGGCCUGCAAACUCAUUGCCAAGGCUUGGGUCAAGGCCGUGGAGCCCAAGAAGCAAUCAACGCAUCCUUACACUGGUAGCGAUGAAAAGGCACCAGGAUGGUGGCCGAAAGCGUGGGGUCCCACAAAGGACGACAAGGUCCGCCAUAAAGAGCCCGAUCAUCUAUACAAGCGAGAGCGUGUCCACCUUCUCGCCCACAUCCUCAGGUUGGUUGUGGAACCCAACCACAAGCAGCAUACUGAGAUCCAGAAGCUUGGUCUGAAUGUGAAGAAGCUUGAUGAAACCACGAAUGAGGCGCUGUCAUCCUUCUUCAUGGACAACGAGGCAAAUGCCAAGAAGAAGCCGUUUCUUACUGAAAUCUUCAAGGUAGCUCGGCUGGAGGAACGGUACAAGAACGGCGAAAUCGAUGGCACAACUGAAGUCUAUGUCAUGGCAGAAGACAAGAUGCCAGAGAGCUACGCUUCAGACCCUGAAGAUGCUGGCUUUAUCAAGGACGAAGAGGAUCAUGAUGUAUCCAGAUCCAAACCUCCGGUUUCUCAGGGCUUGCCGCACCCGGCAUCGGAGCCCAGCUCUGCCACGAGCAUUCGGGGACCAGCCUUCAUUAACGAUUUAACAGCACGGGCUAAUACAUUCCCCCAGUCAAUGAUUUCGGAGAUUCCCUCACAGCAGCAUACAUUUGUCGAGGGCAACACACUCUCCGUCCAUAGCGGCCAAGCCGUGCCCACCGCUACCACUGCAGCUGCGGCUGCUACUGGCAACCUUACCCUUGAUUUGGUUGCCACCUCUCACGAUGCCAGCCGGCGACCAUCGGUGUUCAGCGACUAUGCCAGCCCAGGAGGGAACUUGUACUCCCAGCAGUGGCCACAGGCCUCGGCGGCCACCAGUGGAUCAUCCAUGUACCAAUAUGGUCAGCAGCAAACGGCUGCGCAACCAGCAACAUUUGUGAGCCCCGGGGUGCCCAUCACAACCGGCCAGCCCUUCAUGCCGAGCUCUUUCGAUGCGCCGCAUCGCAGUGAAUACGACCCAAACGGCAACGCGAUAUUCAGAUCGGGAGACCUGUCACAAACACCUCCUGUUAGCCAACAGCAAGGCUACAACUACGCAAUGUCCAAUGAUACACGUGGAAUGAGAGUCAUGGCCCAAGUUGUGGAUCCCGCUGGACAUCGCCCUUCCUUACAAUAA